CGGCGCAAGAGAAGAAUGACACGACAACAAUGAUGGCGGCGCCUAUGAGCAACGUGGAUGAAAUUCGUAAUAGAGUAAUAUUGGGUCCAUACUACACAUUAUCCAGGAAAUUACCCUGGUUACGAUGACAUGGGACUUGGAAAAAUUCAAAAAGAUUUUCAGAGUCGAUAUAGUUCACUCGGAUGAGGAAUCGUUGGAGUUUGAUAUGAUUGGAAUAGACGCGGUCAUCACCAAUUCUUUUCGCCGUAUAUUACUGGCUGAGAUGAUCAGGAAGGCACUGAAAUUGACACAAUUCAACUUCAGCUGAAGGUAAAAUGCACCAGGAAUACUAGAGCCCCUAAAGACUCUUCAGAUCCCAAGGAGUUAUAUCUUAAUCACAUGGUCUACUCUGGUGACAUUAAAUGGCUCCCGAUUGGAAAUCAGACUGAUGUGUUUGCAGGUGCCAAGAUUGGUCCUGUGCAUGGGGACAUUCUCCUGGCACAACUUCGACCAGGGCAGGAACUGGAUAUAGUCAUGCACUGUAUCAAGGGAAUAGGCAAGGAUCAUGCCAAGUUUUCUCCUGUGGCCACUGCAAGCUACAGACUUCUUCCUGAAAUCACAAUAUUACAGACCAUUGAGGGAGAACAAGCUGAGAGUUUAAAGCGCUGCUUCUCACCAGGAGUUAUUGAGAUCCAGAACGUGAACGGAAGGAAGGUGGCUAAAGUUGUCAACAGUCGUUUAGACACAUGCAGCAGAGAAGUUCUCCGGCAUGAUGACUUGAAGAACUUGGUGAAACUGGGCAGAGUGCGGGAUCAUUUCAUAUUCUUAGUUGAGUCCACGAGAGUCCAUCUCAGUUGAGAUCCUUCCUCCUGAUGUCCUGGUUACUGAGGCCAUUAAUGUCCUCAUCUAUAAGUGCCAGAAAUUUCUCACAGAGCUUGAUGCGGCAGAAAUGGACUAGAUGGAAGAAAAUAAGGCCAGUCGCACUCAUCCCAUAGCCUUAAAUGAAGUCAUGUGAUUGUUUACUGACACUGUGUACAUAUCUUUUAAAUCUUAAGCUAAAAAACUCACUUCACAAGUGAAUUCAUCCAAAUUCCAGUGAGCUGUUUGUUAUUUAACUUCUGGCCAUAACGUAACCGCAUUCUGGAAUCUUUUUGACAUUCAUGUUUAUUUAAACAAAAUCUCACUCCUGAAUAAAUUCAAGCAGUUUAUUUUAGUCAACUUAAUCUGUUUGAUUUAAGAUGUCCGGUUAUAUUUAACAAAACACAU